UGACCUUCCAUAAUAUCGAUGAGACAUGCAUAACGAAACAUUAAUUGUCAAUUAGGAUUUAGUUGCAUACCACAUUAUAUGUUCUUGAAGACAUGCAUCCAAGUUCCAACAAACAACCACGUUGUCUUUAAUUUCUUUAAUUUCUAAUUGAUUGAGUAUUUCCUCAUAAAGGAUCCGCCUUUAGGGGCUGUAACUUGGUCUUAAAGCUUAUUUUGUUUUGGCUCGAAAAAAAAAAAAGCUGGAACCUUUUUGGAUUUUUGUUGGGUUUUUAUAUUACUAUUUUCAAUUACUUGGACUCUGUGAGUGUUUGUGUUGUGUGUCACUUCCCUCUUCUCUCAUCUUUUGUGGUCGUGGUCUUCAAGUAAUCUGAAAACUUCUUUUUCUCUCACCAUUGGGUCCAAGAUUUCAUAAGGGUAGUUCUUAAAAACCGCCAUUGAUGGUCUUAUGAAGCUUCUCUGCUACAACUUUUUGAGGCUUCAAUGUUUCUUCUGAAGCAGAGGACAUCAUCACAGAUCUGCCAUGGAAGACCAUAGUGCAAAGCUUGUGCUAGCAGCACUUCUUCUCUCACUUGUUUCAGUUGUUCUCAGUGCCACAGACCCUAAUGACUUGGCUAUUCUCAACCAGUUCAGAAAAAACAUGGAGAACCCAGAGCUCUUGAAGUGGCCUGAGAAUGGUGAUGACCCAUGUGGGGAUAAAUGGGAGCAUGUGUUCUGUACUGAUCAGAGGGUGUCUCAGAUUCAGGUUCAAAAUCUGGGCUUGAAGGGUCCUCUGCCUCAGAACUUCAACCAGCUCACUGAGCUCACCAACAUAGGCCUCCAGAGGAACAACUUUAGUGGGCCAUUACCAUCUCUCAAAGGGCUGUCAAAGCUGCGGUAUGCUUAUUUGGAUUUCAAUGAUUUCAGUUCAAUUCCUGUUGACUUCUUUGAUGGCCUUGAUGCUUUGGAAGUUUUGGCCUUGGAUGGCAAUAAUUUGAAUGCUACUUCAGGGUGGACAUUUCCUCCUCAGUUGGCAAACUCAGCACAAUUGCAGAAUAUUUCUUGUAUGAGUUGCAAUUUGGUUGGUCGAUUGCCUGAUUUUCUUGGGAACUUGUCCUCUCUGACAGUUUUGCAACUCUCAGGCAAUGGCUUAACUGGUGGAAUUCCUGGAAGUUUUACUGGCCUGAAUUUGCAGAUACUUUGGUUGAACAAUCCAACAGGUCCUGGCUUGAGUGGUCCAAUUGAUAUUCUGACCACAAUGUUACAGCUGAACAGUGUGUGGCUUCAUGGGAAUCAGUUCACAGGAACAAUCCCAGAAAGCAUUGGUAAUUUAACUUCUUUGAAGGAUCUUAAUCUCAAUCAAAACCAACUUGUUGGUCUUGUUCCUGAUAGCUUGGCCAAUUUGGCACUUGACAGUUUGAAUUUGAACAAUAACCAUCUGAUGGGUCCAAUCCCAAAAUUUAAAGCACAUAAUGUGACUUUUACUUCAAAUUCAUUUUGUCAAUCCACUCCGGGGCUUCCUUGCGCCCCAGAGGUUAUGGCACUUGUAGAGUUCCUUGAUGGGUUGAAUUACCCUUCCAUACUUGUUUCUAAAUGGUCUGGUAAUGAUCCUUGUGGUUCAUGGUUGGGCGUUAGUUGUGGCAACAAUGGAAAGGUCUCUGUUAUAAAUCUUCCGAAGUACAAUCUGAAUGGUACAUUGAGUCCUUCAGUUGCUAAGUUAGAUUCUCUUGUUCAAAUUAGGCUUCAGAAUAACAACUUGAGGGGUUCAGUUCCUGAAAACUGGACUAGCUUGAAAUCCCUUACUGAGUUGGAUCUUAGUGGGAACAAUAUUUCCCCUCCAUUGCCAAAAUUCAGUAAAACUGUCAACGUUGUCGUUGAUGACAAUCCUUUAUUUCAUGGUAAUCCAUCUGCGGCGGCAGCAGCACCAGAGAAUAGCCCUUCCUCAGCAAACAAUGCAUCUUCCUCAUCCACAGGCUCAGGUUCUCAUGUCAAUGGUACCUCUCAAUCAACCCAACCAAAAGGAUCGAAACGGGCCAGCAUAGUUUUAAUUGUAGCCCCUGUCACAAGUGUUGCUGUUAUUGCUGCGUUGCUUGUAAUUCCUUUAUCCAUGUACUAUUGUAAGAAGAGAAGAGAUGCCUUCGAGACUACAAGUUCCCUUGUAAUUCACCCAAGAGAUCCAUCUGAUUCAGAUAAUAUGGUUAAGGUUGUUGUUGCUAGUAAUACCAAUGGAAGCGCUUCAACCGUAACAGGGAGUGGUUCUGCAAGCAGAAACAGCAGUGGGAUAGGUGAGUCUCAUGUUAUUGAAGCUGGAAAUCUCAUCAUAUCAGUUCAAGUUCUUCGGAACGUGACAAAGAAUUUUGCCCCAGAAAAUGAGCUUGGCCGUGGUGGAUUUGGGGUGGUUUAUAAGGGAGAAUUGGAUGAUGGGACAAAAAUAGCAGUGAAAAGGAUGGAGGCGGGCGUGAUUUGCAACAAAGCCUUGGAUGAAUUCCAGGCUGAAAUUGCAGUUCUUUCAAAGGUCCGGCACCGUCAUUUGGUAUCACUUUUGGGUUAUUGCAUUGAAGGAAAUGAGAGAAUGCUUGUCUAUGAAUAUAUGCCUCAAGGGGCUCUAAGCAGGCAUCUUUUCCAUUGGAAAACCUUCGAAGUAGAGCCUCUCUCUUGGAAGAGGAGGUUAAAUAUUGCCUUGGAUGUUGCUAGGGGGAUGGAGUAUCUUCACAAUCUUGCUCACAAAAGCUUCAUACACAGAGAUCUUAAAUCAUCAAAUAUCUUACUUGGUGACGAUUUUAGAGCAAAAGUAUCAGAUUUCGGAUUGGUGAAACUGGCUCCUGAUGGUGAAAAAUCUGUUGUGACCAGGCUUGCUGGGACUUUUGGUUACUUAGCACCAGAGUAUGCCGUGACGGGAAAAAUUACAACCAAAGCAGAUGUCUUCAGUUUUGGUGUUGUGUUAAUGGAACUAUUAACUGGAAUGAUGGCACUGGAUGAGGAUAGGCCUGAAGAAAGCCAGUACUUGGCUGCAUGGUUCUGGCACAUAAAAUCGAAUAGGGAGAAACUCAUGGCCGCCAUUGACCCGGCCCUUGACAAAAAAGAAGAAACAUUUGAGAGCAUCGCCACAAUUGCAGAGCUAGCUGGGCACUGCACUGCAAGGGAACCCAGCCAAAGACCAGAUAUGGGCCAUGCUGUGAAUGUGUUGUCCCCGCUUGUUGAAAAAUGGAAACCGUUAGAUGACGAGAAUGAGGAAUACUCUGGGAUAGAUUACAGCCUUCCCCUUACCCAGAUGGUGAAGGGUUGGCAGGAAGCCGAAGGAAAGGACUCCAGUUAUCUGGACCUAGAAGACAGCAAGGGCAGUAUCCCAGCAAGGCCAACAGGGUUUGCAGAGUCUUUUACUUCUGCUGAUGGCCGGUAAAGAAGUGUUUUUUCUGUUGCUUUUGUGUUUCAUUUCACCUUCCUUUUUAGAGGUUGUUUUCCUUCUUUGGUAGGUGUAGAUAGUAUUGUUGUGUUCUCUGCUUGGGAAUCAAUGUCAAUAUGUUUUUGUGUUGUUGGUUUUGUGCUGGCUUGAGUUGAAGAUUUCAGUAGA